AUGCAGACCCAGGACAAAGCAGAGCUCUGCUUUCCACAGCUCCCCAACACCUCCUGCAGGAAGCCGACAGCUCAGUCUAACGCUGUGUUCCUAAACAUCAUGCUGGUCUCUGUCUCUGUGCUCACUGUGUUUCUCAACCUGCUCAUCAUCAUCUCAGUCUCACACUUCAGGCAGCUCCACACACCCACUAACAUCCUCCUCCUCUCUCUGGCUGUCUCCGACUUUCUCGUGGGCCUCCUCGCGAUGCCUGGAGAAAUCUUCAGAUUAACUACCUGCUGGUUUCUUGGUGAUGUGAUGUGUUCACUGUACAAAUAUUUAUCCUGCAUUGUUUCUUUUACUCCAAUAGGAGACAUGGUUCUUAUAUCAGUCGACCGUUACAUUGCUGUCUGUGACCCUCUGCAUUACCCCACCAGAGUCACUGUGAGAAGAGUGAAACUCUGUGUUUGUCUGUGUUGGUUCUAUUAUUUUCUCUACAGUGGUAUCUAUUUAAAAAAUGACUUCACUGAACUAGGCAGAUAUAACUCCUGUUAUGGUCAGUGUGUGAUUGUCAUUGAUUACAUUACAGGAGCUGUUGACAUUGUUUUGACUUUUAUUUUCCUCAUUACUGUCAUCAUAGUCCUGUAUAUGAGAGUGUUUGUGGUGGCCGUGUCUCAGGCCCGUGCUAUGCGCUCUCACAUCACAGCUGUCACACUGCAGCGUUCAGUGACUCUAAGUACAAAGAAGUCUGAGCUGAAAGCAGCCAGGACUCUGGGUGUUCUUGUUCUGGGGUUUCUAAUGUGUUACUGCCCAUAUUAUUGUGUGUCUCUUGCAGGGGACAGUGUGCUUAAUGGAUCAUCUGCAUUUUAUGCGCUCUUUCUGUUCUAUUUUAACUCCUGUCUGAACCCUGUGAUCUAUGCCUUGUUUUAUCCCUGGUUUAGAAAAGCUGUUAAACUCAUUGUCACUCUUCAGAUUCUGCAGCCUGGCUCCUGUGCGGCCAAGGUACAGUAGAGACACUGUGAGUGACUGUGAUGAAACUUGCUCAAUAAUUUGUUCAUGAGUAAAUUCACAAAUCUAAAAAGUGAUUUUUUUUUUCUUCCUUAAAACUGUAUUG